UUAUAAUAUAUAAUGAAUAAUUUAUUUAAAGCAAAAUUUAUGGAAAUAUACAGUGAAAAGUUAUUUCAACAACGAAAUGGAGAUGAAGCAAUAUCAAUAAUGGAAAUACUCUGCUGUGAUUCUAGUCUUAUAUGAUAGGUGUAACAUUAACCCUUCAAGUGGGUUCGACGUCACUGUGAUGUCCGCUAUGGAAUACUCGUAUCUACUCCGGCGGAAAGACGCGAGUGACGUCCAGUAUGGUACAGUAUUGCACUUCGAUGACAUCUCGUGGAUGUAUCACCGCCUUGUUUAACGACCGGCUCGAUGGGUUAACACCGAGGCUAUGUUUGAGAUAUGUUAAUCACGACACUCAUAUGGGUGUUGUGAUCGAAGAAUAAAAACACGACUUGCACGAGAGAAUCCCAUCGUGCAAUGGUCGGCAAAAUUUUAUACAUGAGCAAUAUAAGCUGGAGACUCGUCGGUCCGAUUAUUAGUCUCAGAAUUCUGAACGCAUUUUACAUUAGCCUUUACCGGGCCGAAUAGUUGAAAGUUCACAAAUCCUGAGAUGAGCUACCCUAACGUCAAAGGAACCGAUUCGCAUCACUGCACGACAUCUUUAAGCCGAACUACUGACACCGGGAGAGACCGACUUGCAGUCUCGACGGCUACCGAGAGAUGUGGGGAAUGGCAUAGUUCAACCGCGUCUCACAAGGAUAACAAAGACAAGCGCGAAGGUGCGAGGGGGAAUAUUCCCCUAAGCAUCAGAUAAAUAUCGGGGAUUCCCCUCUUUCCCCUCUUUUUUCCCCUCUCCCAAGCUGUCAGAGGACAGUUUCUUUUUUUUUUUUCAACACCCGCUGUCGAUUCACCGGUGAAUCAACGUCGAUUCGACGGUGAAUGACCGGUGAGAUUUUUGUACGGGCUGCCGCUUCGUCGCAGGAGGCUUUUCGCCCCGUGCCGAAACGAUCGAGCUCGGGCGAUCCGCGAUCGGCACGAACGUUCGACGGGUGAAGGGUAUCGAGCAGGCGGUCCUCGAGUUCGUUUCGUCGGCCCCGCGAAGUUCUCAUCGACGGUUCGUUUUGGAAAAGCGCUGAAAAUUUGAAACCGCUCGCGCGAAAAAUUUGCCUUAAGGUUUCGAGAUUCGAUCCGCGUGCGUCCACGAAAUCUCAUCGGUUUCGUUUCGGCCUGAAAUCUUCGAGACCUGCCAUCGGAGGCGGCAUCGAAGAAGCAGACUCGUGCUCGCGAGGAAGCGGCCGUAUUUAAAAGCAGUCUCGUACACCGCCUCGAUUCCGAACCCACGCACCUCACCGGGCGUCGCGAUUCGCGAUCGACUUUCCUCCCUCGUACAGGUACGAUCAUCCGUGGAUCCUGGCUGGUCAGGGAACGAUGGGUCUGGAGAUCAGAGAUCAGGUGAAGAACGUGGAUGCCGUCGUGAUCCCCGUCGGUGGAGGCGGCCUCAUCGCCGGCACCGCACUCGCCCUCAAGACCCUCUCGCCCACCGUCCAGAUCAUCGGAGUAGAGGCGGAGGCGUGUCCGAGUUUCAGCCGGGCGAUGGAAUGCGGAAGACCGAUCGACACCAAGGUCGUCUCGUCUCUGGCCGAUGGCCUCGCCGCCCCUUUCGUCGGCGUCAACGCCUUCGUCAACGCGCGCAAAUUCAUCGACAAGAUGGUGACCGUGAAGGAGGAGUUCAUCGCGAUCGCCAUCCUUCGCCUGGUGGAGAUGGAGAAGGCGGUGGUGGAGGGAGCCGGAGCGGUGGGCUUCGCGGCCGUCCUUCAAGGUCUUCUGCCGGAGCUGAAAGGGAAACGAGUGGUGAUCCCCUUGACCGGGGGGAACAUCGACACCACGGUGCUGGGUCGAUGCCUCGAACGGGGUCUCGCCGCCGACGGCCGCUUGGUCAAGUUCAAGGUCACCGUCAGCGAUCGCCCGGGGGGGAUCGCCGCGCUCACCAAUCUCAUAUGCAGCGUCGGCGUGAGCAUCAAGGACAUGAUCCACGAGAGGGCCUGGGUCAAGACGGACAUCUUCAGCGUCGCCGUGGGUCCUUUUUACUUUCCCUCUGCGUUGACGGUCGGCGGCGUCGGAACGUUCCAGAAAGACGGCGAGAAAAGGGCCGCCAGAGCCUCGAAAUACUUGAAAUUCUCUGUACGGCAGGUGAAAGUGGUGGUGGAGACUCGGGAUCAGGAACACGCCAGGGCCCUCGAGGAAGAACUCCGCCGUCAUUACGACGAGGUCUAUUUCGUCUCCCAUUGA